AUGGCAAAGACACCGGCGAUUGGCAUAGACUUGGGUACCUCGUACUCGUGUGUGGGGGUGUUUCAGCAUGGUAAAGUGUGGAUCAUUGCCAAUGACCAGGGCAAUAGGACAACGCCCUCGUACGUAGCGUUCACAGACACGGAGCGACUGAUUGGAGACCCGGCUAAGAAUCAGGUGAAUAUGAAUCCGUCGAAUACGGUGUUUGACGCCAAGAGACUGUUUGGCCGGCGCUUUGAUGACCUCCCGGUUCAGUCAGAUAUGAAUCACUGGCCCUUCGAUGUGGUGUCCGAUUCGGGCAAACCUAAGAUCAAAGUGGACUAUAAGGGAGAGUCGAAGUACUUCUCUCCCGAAGAGAUCUCAGCGAUGGUGUUGAUGAAGAUGAAGGAGAUCGCGGAGACAUACCUGGGCGGACAGGUGUCCAAUGCCGUGGUGUCAGUGCCCGCCCUUUACAACGAGAGUCAACGUCAGGCGAUCAAAGACGUGGGAACUAUCAGUGGUCUCAAUGUCCUGAGGAUUAUCAGUGAGCCGACGGCCGCCGCCUUUGCGUACGGGUUCGACAUUAGGGGUCAGGGAGAUCAGGGAGAGCGCAAUGUCCUUAUCUUCGACUUAGGCGGCGAUGCGCUCGACGUGUCGGUCCUCGCCAUCGAAGACUGUAUCUUUGAAGUGAAGUCAAUGGCCGGAGACUUGCAUUUGGGAGGCGAGGACUUCAACAUCCGACUCGUCAACCAUUUCGUACGUCAGUUCAAACGCCAGCACCGGAAGGAUCUGUCGGUGAAUAAGCGAGCGAUGCGUCGGCUGAGGACGGCCUGCGAGGCCGCGAAGAGGACGCUCUCGACCUCCACUUCGGCGUCCGUCGAAAUGGAAUCACUCUUCGAUGGCAUAGACUUCUACUCAACGAUCACGAGAUCCCGGUUUGAAGAGCUGAAUGAAGACCUGUUUCGGUCGACUCUGAAACCGGUGGAGAGGGCGUUGAGGGACUCCAAGCUGGAUAAGGGUCAGGUGCACGAUGUGGUACUGGUGGGCGGGUCGACACGGAUCCCCAAAAUCCAAAAACUUCUUCAAGACUUCUUCGGAGGUAAACAACUGAACAAAAGCGUUAAUCCGGACGAAGCGGUCGCAUACGGGGCCGCAGUUCAGGCGGCGAUCCUCAACGGCGACAGGAGUGAAGCCGUGCAGGAUCUCCUGCUGCUUGACGUGACCCCCCUGUCCCUGAGCAUUGAGAGUGCAGAUGGAAUGAUGACCACUGUUAUCAAACGCAACACAACUAUCCCCACUCGUCAGACCCACACAUUGACUACCGAUUCGGACAAUCAGUCGGUAGUUCCCGUUUGGGUGUAUGAGGGGGAGGGAGCCAUGACUCGAGAUAACAACCUUUUGGGCAAAUUCUGGUUAACAGGCAUUCCUCCGGCGCCC